AUGAUUGGCUGGCGACGGAGCGGCGAUCAGGCGAGCGACGCUGCCCGCGGUAACGCAGGAUCGCAACGGCAAGAGGAGCCUGCGCGUGGAGGGGAGGACGACCGGGCAGACCUCAGCCUAGCUGACGGUGUGGCGGCUGGUGCUGGCGAUCCGCCUUUGGGUGGAAAGUCCCUAUCCAUGCGAGAGUACGUGCGACUGUCGCAAAUGCUGCGCGCUCAGGUGGUCGACGAUGCUGACGCCCCUCCCUCCACCGCCGCACAACGCACUGACGCCCCUUUUACCACCUCCACACCGUUCCAAACUCCUUCUGUCGCACCAACGCCCUUCCACACGCCUGCUGUUGCAGCAACGCCGUUCCACACUCCUGGCGGUUUUAAACCCGCUUCGGGCGGCUCAAACCCCACUUCCAGCGGCUUGAAAUCCACGCCGUUUCAUACCCCUGGCACGGCAACAGCAACAGCAGCAGCAGCAGCGUCUGCCACGCCGUUCUUUGACGCCGCACGCACCUUCGCCGCUCCUUCCAAAGGCGCUGCUAGGACGGUGCCGUCGGGAAGGGGAUUUGCUGCCGCGCCCUUCUCAUCCCACCUGCUCGCCUCCGCACUGCACCUUCUGUUUCCCCCCUGUCCCUCCUCACACAACCCCUCCCCUUUUCCCCCUUCCCCGCCCCUUUGUGUCCGCCCCCUUCCUUCCCACGCCUCCCCUUCCUUACCACGCCUCCCCUUCCUUACCAUGCCUCCCCUUCCUUCCCACGCCUCCCCUUCCUUCCCACGCCUCCCCUUCCUUACCACGCCUCCCCUUCCUUCCCACGCCUCCCCUUCCUUACCACGCCUCCCCUUCCUUACCAUGCCUCCCCUUCCUUCCCACGCCUCCCCUUCCUUCCCACGCCUCCCCUUCCUUACCACGCCUCCCCUUCCUUACCACGCCUCCCCUUCCUUACCACGCCUCCCCUCCCUUACCACGCCUCCCCUUCCUUACCACGCCUCCCCUUCCUUACCACGCCUCCCCUUCCUUACCACGCCUCCCCUUCCUUACCACGCCUCCCCUUCCUUACCACGCCUCCCCUUCCUUACCACGCCUCCCCUUCCUUCCCACGCCUCCCCUUCCUUACCACGCCUCCCCUUCCUUACCAUGCCUCCCCUUCCUUCCCACGCCUCCCCUUCCUUCCCACGCCUCCCCUUCCUUACCACGCCUCCCCUUCCUUACCACGCCUCCCCUUCCUUACCACGCCUCCCCUCCCUUACCACGCCUCCCCUUCCUUACCACGCCUCCCCUUCCUUACCACGCCUCCCCUUCCUUACCACGCCUCCCCUUCCUUACCACGCCUCCCCUUCCUUACCACGCCUCCCCUUCCUUACCACGCCUCCCCUUCCUUACACGCCUCCCCUUCCUUCCCACGCCUCCCCUUCCUUACCAUGCCUCCCCUUCCUUACCACGCCUCCCCUUCCUUACCACGCCUCCCCUUCCUUACCACGCCUCCCCUUCCUUACCACGCCUCCCCUUCCUUCCCACGCCUCCCCUUCCUUCCCACGCCUCCCCUUCCUUACCACGCCUCCCCUUCCUUACCACGCCUCCCCUUCCUUCCCACGCCUCCCCUUCCUUACCACGCCUCCCCUUCCUUACCACGCCUCCCCUUCCUUACCACGCCUCCCCUUCCUUACCACGCCUCCCCUUCCUUCCCACGCCUCCCCUUCCUUCCCACGCCUCCCCUUCCUUCCCACGCCUCCCCUUCCUUACCACGCCUCCCCUUCCUUACCACGCCUCCCCUUCCUUACCACGCCUCCCCUUCCUUACCACGCCUCCCCUUCCUUCCCACGCUUUCCGCCCCUCCCUCCCCCUUCGCCCCCCCCCCCCCCCCCCCCCCUUCCUCCUCCCCCUCCCCCUUUUCUCCGCCACCUUCCCAAGGGCGGGGCGUCGCCAGUGGAUAUCGCCAAAGCGUACAUGAGAGGUGACCUCCGCGCUGCUUCCACCGCCGCCGCCGCUGCUAUUGCUGCCGGCGCCGCUGCUGGUAGCGGUGCUGGUGGCGGUACCCCCACUGCUGCUGUUGCUGCUGCUAAUGAUGAUGAUGACGAUGACAAUGAUCCCUCUCCUGGGCGCGAGGGUGGAGACGGGAGGGCGAGCGGGUGGGGUGAGAUGGUGGUGGUGGGCUCUCGACGGCCCUCGGAUUCUGUUCUGGGGGACGCGUGGGGGCAGCAGGGGCAGCGGCAGGAGGAGGAGGAGGAUGGGGAGGAGGAGGAGCAGAGGGGGGAGGAGGGGGAGGAGAAAGAGGAGGGUGGGUGGGGAAGGGAGAGGGGGGAGGAGAGGGAGGAUGGUAACGGGGAGCUGGUACGAGCUGUGUUCCCAGGCGCUGCUGCUUCUCGCAGCCGCUAUGCUGCUUCAGUGCCUGCUACUCCUAAGUCCGCCAAGCGAGCUCGCGACGAUGACGAGGCAGAUGUUGAUUGGCUGAGGGGAACCGAGUCAGCACGACGCACUCGCCUGCGUGCCUCCCACCAGCCCAACCGCCUCGCCAUAGUCUCCUUCCCUCCCGGCCCUACCUCUUUCCCCGGUCCUAUCUCAAGACCUUCAGAUUUCCGUUUGGGUGUUUUAGCUGCCCCUCCCCUCCCCCCCCCUGCGCUCUUUUCUGCUGGAGCUGGAAGUUUUCUUCCCUCUGCCCGGCUCCGCGGGCAGGCUGCCCGUUUGCACGCGUUCGCCUCUCGCAGCAGCAGCGGCGGGCCGCGCAUGCUGCCCGGGGAGCUGCCCGGGUUUUCUCUGGGUGCACGGAAGGGCGCGUGGGAUAAGGCGUUUGAAGGGGUGGGAGACGGUGGAGGGCUGUUCCCAGAGAGGGAUACGUUUGGGCUGUUCGGGCGAAAGGGGUCAGGGAGAGAGGGGAAUAGACGGUUCGGGCAAGACAGGCGCCAGCAGCAACUGGAGCAAGAGCAGCAGGGGCUGCAGGGGCGAGAGGGGCAGCAGCGGGCGGGGCAAAAUGUGCUGUCUGGGAUGACUCUAGCCCCUGGCAAGUCACUAGAGACAGCUCAGAAGAUUCUCGCCAAGCUAGAGGAUAUCACAGGCGCGGGGGCGCAGGGGGGGAUGGGUGCAGGGCGGGAUGAGGGGCGCGGAGGCAUGGGGGGAAGCGGCGGGGGAGACGGGGUUGGCAGUGGUGCUGGUGGAGAUAGGGGUUUGGGCGGGUUUGGUGGGGUAAGCGGGGAUAGAAUUGGGCGGGGGGAGGGGGACGACAUAGUGGCCCCUCCCCUGACGUUCCUCCCCAUGUACAUGAGCAGAAAGGCUGCUGGUGACCUCCCGCCCGCGCACCCUGCUCCAGGUGGUUUCUCAGGUGCCGGUGUGAGUGUUGCAGGCGUGCCUGCUGCUGCUGAUGGUGAAGCUGCUGCUGGUGUGAGUGCUGCAGGUUUUGGUGCUACUGGUGGGUUGGAGUGGGUGGGGCAGAAAGGGAAGGGGAAAGAGGUGGUUGCAGAGGAUCGCAGGGAAAAGGGAGGCUUUGGCGGCGGGAAAGGCUCUGUUGGUGCCGCAACAGGCACAGGCACGGGAACAGGGUCAGGAGCAGGCACGGGAACAGGGACGGGGGUAUCAGGUUCGGGGGGGGCGAAAGCUGCAAGUGCUGCUCCGGUGUUUGCCUUUGGUGCUUCUGCCACGCCUGCCACCGCGCCAGCCAAGAGUGGCUUCGCGUUUGGUGCUUCUGCCCCUCCUGCCACUGAACCACCUAAGAGUGGAUUCGCCGUUGGCGCCACUCCUGCUCCAGUUUUCGGAUCGGCCAGUCCUGCUAAUGCAAGUGCUGCUGCUGCUGCUGCUGCUGCUGGUGGCACUGCAGCUUCUUUGUUUGCAGCGUCACCGUUUGCUUUUGGAGGGAGGAGCAGUGCGGGAGGUGCGGAGGGGAAAGGGGUUGCUGCAGAGGCAGGAGCAGGCGGAGGGGAUGGGGAAGACGAUGAGGGAAGUGAACGACUGCAGUCUGACAGGCCAAAGAAGCGAGGUGGUGCUGGUGGUGGUGCCUCUGAAUGGAAAGCUGCUGGUAGCCCUUUUGCUGCUGCUGAUGGUGAUGGUGGUUCGUUCCCUAACCCGUUUGUGAAGCGGCCAUCCACCACACCAGCUGAGACGCUGGACAAGCCGGGAUCUACAUCCGCUUCCUCCUCCGCUUUUGCUCCGUCGUCCCUCUCCUCUGCUCCAGCUGCAGUAUCAGCACCAUCCCCGUUCUCGUCUUCUCCGUUUAAGUUCGGCUCAUCACCAGGAGCAGCAGCAGGGGCUGCAGCAACAGGAGCAGGAGGAGCAGCAGGGAAAGCAGCAGGAGGCACUGCCACUGCUCCCGUGUUCUCGUUUGGUUCGUCCUCUCCCUCCGCUGCUGCUGCAUCCUCAUCUGCACCGGCCUCUAGCUCAUCCCCAGCCACCUCGCCCCCUUCAUUGUUCUUUGGCACAACAUUAGCGACAGCAUCGGGGGCCUCAAAAGUAGCAGCAGCAGCAGCAGCAUCUUCCUCUCCUAUAUUCUCCUUUGGUGCUGCCCCCUCCUCCGCCUCCUCCCCCUCCCCCUCCUCCCCUUCUCCCUCCUCUCCUGCACCCACACCCUCUUCCACACCGGCCUCAACCACUCAAUUCUCCCCUUCAAACCUCUCCACCGCUUCCGUUCCCCCAACAGCCUCCUCUGCUCCGGUUUUCUCCUUCGCCUCUAAAAGCCCUUAUGCUGCUGCUGCCUCAUCCCCUGCUGCUGCGUCAUCCCCUGCGGCCGGCUCAUCUGCUGCUGCUGCUGCUGCUGCCUCGCCCCCUGCUACUGCCGGUUCGUCCCCUGCCGCUGCUCCGCUCUUCUCGUUUGGUGCUGCUGCCCCGUCCACCCCGCAAUUCUCCUUCGGCAAGCCGGCAGGUUCCUCUGCUUCCCCAACUGCAACCCCCGUGUUCUCAUUUGCUGCCGCCUCACCUGCUGCUGCUGCCGCUGCUGGCUCACCUGCUCCUAGUGCUGAUGGCGCCAGCAAGGGCGUGUUUACAUUUGGAGGGUCAGCAGUUAACGGUGUUCCGACUUUUAAUUUUGGUGCCUCUGCUGCAGCACCAGCAACAGGAGCAACAGCUCCUGGUGCUCCUCUAUUUGGGGGCUUCACCCCUCCCCCUGCAGCAGCUGGUAAUACGGCUGAUGCUGAUGGUUCUGGUGAGAAUGGUAAUGGCAGCAUCAGUGGUGCAACGGCUCCUGCUUCGCCUUUUGGGGGGUUUGGUGCGGUUGGGAAUGGUGGGGGGUUUGUGGGGACGCCUGGAGGGUUUUCACUGGGUGCUGGGGGGGAUGCAGGGGAGAAAACACCGGCAGGAGCGCGUUCUCCGUGUGGCGUGCCUGUGUUUCUCGAAUGUAGCUCUGUCCACCAACUUCCCACUCACUCUCCCCCACCGCUCUCCCCCUCCCAAUCCCCUUCUUGCCCCCACCCCUUUCUUGCUCCCACGCCCGCUCCCACCCUCGCCCCCCUCCCCCACCUUCUGUUUGUGUGGUCGUGUGGUCGCUUGGUGCGAGCAGCGGCGAAGCACAAGGGAUACCUGCGGCGAGGGGUGAAGGAGGUCGCUAAAGCCGUGCGCAAGGGCGAGAAAGGGGUGUGUGUGUUGGGAGGGGACGUGUCGCCCAUUGAUGUCAUCUCGCAUCUCCCUGUGGUGUGUGAGGAGGCCAACAUUCCCUACACAUACGUGCCCAGCCGUGCGGUAUGUGUAACAGUGUAA